CUUCGAUGUCCUUUGCACCACCAGAACCAGCAGCCAUGACAACUAUCAGCCUUCAUGAGGUGAUCUUUGUGGAUCAGAUCAGGAAGUCACCGGUAUCUUGUAUUUUCCGCACGAUAUGGUGCGGGAAAGAUUGUGUCUUGAAAGUGUAUCACUCUCCACAGCCAUUACCUGUUGGACGUCGAACUCGCCCGCGAAAUCGCGAGACCAAUCCAUUCAAGUGCGAGAGCACAGCCUUGAUGCGACUACGAGAGCAUGGCUUCUGUGACCGAGGAGAUAUCCCAGAUUUCUAUGGUCUAAUCGAACACAUAAACCCAGUUCAACAUCUACCAUAUCUUCAAGACUUCAUCGAGGAUACCUUGUUUGUGAACGCAGUUUUAAUGGAGUAUAUACCAGACGUUCACCCAAUUGAUCUAUCGAAGUACUCUCCAAAACGGCUCCAUAAGCUCCGGCAGAUACUGUUUGAGAUUCACCGUGCUUGUGUUUACCAUGGGGAUCCGUAUCCUCGUAACAUGAUGGUUCAGAUGAACUCUGAUAGAGUCUUAUGGAUGGAUUUCGACCGCGCACAGACAUUCAUGUCCGAGUCGAUCAAACAAUCUCACCUGAAUUGGUUGGAACGUGAACAAAGAAUGAUGGAUGAAUUUGUUGAUGGCCUUGUUAGUC